CAUGUGCAAUCGAUAGCCGGCUGCUGAGGGGGGAAAACAACUAAAAAGAGCGAGAGACUGGGAAGUUUUGGGAACGCGUUUGACGCUCUCAAAAAGCUAGCAUCUCGCUACCGCUGAUGUUACUAGAAAUUGAGGAGAUAUGUAAGUCUUGUGUCAAACGUGUUGGAGUCCAGCUGAACUUCUGAGAAGGAAAAAGUGUUUGAAGAUAUGAACCUCAAACCACAAGCCAUCAACGCGUAAGAGGCAAUCACCAUGGCAACACAGUUCACUAUCGACGAUGCCUUCGUGUUGGAGGUGGAUGAAGAAGGAGACAUGUCUGGCGUGGACGCUGACGGAUGGGAUGCUCGGGACAAGGACAGGGAAGCAGAGCUCACGUUCGGGCCUCUGACUUUCUCUAAAUCUCAACCUCAUCCCUCGCCCGUUUUGCUUGCCUCGGCCGAGCACAGUAACCUGAAGUAUCAAAAUUUGGAAAAUGAAGACCCGCUUACCAACAAUGGCAAUUCCUCUUUUAACAACUUCUUCAAAAUCAGUGACCCCGCCACUUUGUCUUACUGCAGCUCUCAGUGGUCCUUCAGCACCUUGAGUUCUGUCACACAACUUUCAGCACAUUGUUGCGGGUGGGUUUCUCAUCCGCUGGUGAAGAAAAACAGAAGAGUUGUCCUUGCUUCCUUCCUUCUCCUGUUCACUGGAGUUGCUCUUAUUUUCACUGGCGUUGUCAUACAGCUGAAUCCAAAUGCAGGUGUUUCAAGUGCCAUCUUUUUUGUGCCUGGAUUCAUGCUCUUCAUUCCUGGAGUGUAUCAUGUGAUAUACAUCAGCUGUGCUGUCCGAGGAAGAAGAGGCUUCAAGUUGUUCUACCUGCCUUAUUUUGAAAAAUGAGGUUUCACCAAAUAUCACAUGAACCACUUUUACUUUUGUUCUUUUGUCAAUAUAUUGGCAAAGCACUGAUGUAUUGGGUAGUUAUUCUUGUUGUGAUAACCACUGACAGUUCUUGUCCUUGUUGGCUUUUUCCACUACACUACCUGUGUACUUUCUGUGCUAUGUGACUACAGACUGUGAAAAUAAAAUAAAAACUUUUGUAAAUUU